GCAGGGCCUAGCCGCCUCCGGAGUCGCCGCACCACCCUCCGAGCUCCGAGCCCAGGGUGCCCCUCGCCCCUCCGGCCGUCACCAUGAAGAUCAAGGAUGCCAAGAAACCCUCUUUCCCAUGGUUUGGCAUGGACAUUGGCGGAACUCUAGUAAAGCUCUCAUAUUUUGAACCUAUUGAUAUCACAGCAGAGGAAGAGCAAGAGGAAGUUGAGAGCUUAAAAAGUAUUCGGAAAUAUUUGACUUCUAACGUAGCAUACGGAUCCACCGGUAUUCGGGAUGUACACCUCGAACUGAAGGAUUUAACACUUUUUGGCCGAAGAGGGAACCUGCACUUUAUCAGAUUUCCAACCCAGGACCUGCCUACUUUUAUCCAAAUGGGAAGAGAUAAAAACUUCUCAACAUUACACACGGUGCUAUGUGCUACAGGGGGUGGUGCUUACAAGUUUGAAAAAGAUUUUCGCACAAUUGGAAACCUCCACCUGCACAAACUGGAUGAACUUGACUGUCUUGUAAAGGGCUUGCUGUAUAUAGAUUCUGUCAGUUUCAAUGGACAAGCAGAGUGCUAUUAUUUUGCUAAUGCCUCAGAACCUGAGCGAUGCCAAAAGAUGCCUUUUAACCUGGACGACCCCUAUCCAUUGCUGGUAGUGAACAUUGGCUCGGGAGUCAGUAUUUUAGCAGUCCAUUCCAAAGACAACUAUAAACGAGUAACUGGGACGAGCCUUGGAGGAGGUACCUUUCUGGGUUUAUGCAGUCUGUUGACUGGCUGUGAAAGUUUCGAAGAGGCUCUUGAAAUGGCAUCCAAAGGUGACAGCACCCAAGCGGACAAACUGGUCCGUGACAUUUAUGGAGGAGAUUAUGAAAGAUUUGGUCUACCAGGUUGGGCUGUAGCAUCUAGUUUUGGCAACAUGAUUUACAAAGAGAAGCGAGAAUCUGUUAGUAAAGAAGAUCUGGCAAGAGCUACUUUAGUUACUAUCACCAAUAACAUUGGUUCUGUGGCUCGAAUGUGUGCUGUUAAUGAGAAAAUUAAUAGAGUUGUCUUUGUUGGAAACUUUCUACGAGUCAAUACUCUUUCGAUGAAGCUUUUGGCGUACGCACUGGAUUAUUGGUCCAAAGGGCAGCUGAAGGCACUGUUCCUAGAGCACGAGGGGUACUUCGGAGCAGUCGGUGCGCUGCUUGGACUGCCGAACUUCAGCUAGAGCAGCGGGUUCCUCUCUGCCGUGAACUGUCGUCCCGGGAGGGACUGAAAACCAGAGGCUAGAUUAUUGCUGCAUUAUUUGUCACUGGGAACCAAAGGAUAGAAGAGGAGCCCUGUUCCUGUUCAUUUGUAAAUGUCACAGUGGUAAAUGUUGCCAUAUUAACAGCGACAACUUGGUGGCAGGUGAAGUGUUUCUGAUUGAAAUGCUUUCCCUUCCGUGUGUAGCCAGUGUUAAAUCCUUAAAUGCAAUACAGCCUCUGACUAUUGAGCUUUCUCUCAAAAAAGAUUUUCUAUUUAUUUUAUGUAGCCAACAUUGCAGUACUGUAUGCUCAAACAAAUUUUAAAAUUCUCAGAAAUGUUUAGCUCAUGAAAAUAAUUUUGAAUAUUUGUUACAAGUCUGUUCUGUGUGUUUUGGUUACUAGUAAGCAGACAAUAACAUACCCUGUAUCAAAAUUAGUUGAAAUGGCAAUCAAAGAUCAUUUUUAUGUGAUUUUAGAAAUGUUAAGGCAAUAUUAAUUAUUCAUUAUUGUAGUUUUCCUAACAUAUCCCCCAAAAAAGCAUGUUUGUGCUCCUUCCCCAGAGGUACAACCACUCUCAAAUGCCAUAAAUUGAAAUACUGUUGUUAAAUAUUAGCCAGAAUUUUAAACGAAUCCUAGAAAAUGCAUAUAUCUGAUGACGUUGCACUUUCUGUAUUUUAUUAGUUAAUCAAUAUAUUUUUUAAUUGGAGGCUUAAUUACUUAUUUGAAAGUGCAUUUGUCGCGGCCCCAGGACUCCUCUGGCGUGUGGCCGCCCUGGGAGCUCUCUCUGGGCCGCGCUUGUCUCGGACCCGGCCAGUCCUUUCUGGUCCGUUGGUCCGAACCAUCAGAGCUAACCACUCAGUUCUAUUAUGAACAGCAACAAAAUCACAUUCAUUCCAAAUGGAUGUUAUGCAAGAGUUCUUUGAAACUCUGGAACUCGGAGGCAGUUCUACAGAAUUAUGAAAGGAUCAGUGUUUUGUACAUUCUGGUAGUAAGAAAAUUACAGUUCCAAAAUCUGUAAAUCUCUUCGCCUUUGAGUUCUCUAUUUUGAAUCCUAUUUUAUAAUGUUAUAAACCUUUUCAGAUUUUCACUUUGGCAGUAACAUUUUGGAAUCCAAUAGUUCAGUGAAGUUGUUUGAGACUUUCUCAUGGUUUUUAUGGAGUAGAGACUUUGGGAAGUUAUUCAUAUCCUUAAAUUGUCAGUACAUCUAGUUGUGCUUUGAAGAGCUUAAAAACUGUUUACACGACAGGAAGAGUUAUUCCAGUGUGUUUCCACAGCACAGUUUUGUUCCAUAGAGAACAGUUCUCAGCAGACCAUUGAGAGGCACUUGAUAAGGACAUUUCUCCUUGGAGUUUCCAAAAUUUGUGCUCAAAUACUUACAGUUUGGUUUUCUUUAUCUAAAGACAUUAACAUGAAUAAUAGAAGUGAAAAUGGAGAGGGGGAAGUAUGUCAACGUACUGUUUUAGAAUUUAGAACUUGAAUUCAUGUCAAUCUGUAGUCAUUUUUGAAGACCUAUAACCAAAUGUUUCUUACUUCUGUGUUUUCAUUGUAGUGACUAGAUACUUCAGCCACAAGCCACUUACUUACUUAAUUUAUUUUAGAAGUUUGUGAUUUGGACAUCUGUACAAAACAUUUUUUAUUUUUAAAUGUCCAUAACUUCAAAUUAUAUUUCUGGGGCAAACUGUAUAUUCUCAGCUAUAGGUUUAGAUGGAAAGAAAUGGAAUGAUCAAAGUCUAUAUAAGUUAAUUUGAUCAAUAUCUUGUUUAAUUGGGACUAUAAUUCCUACUUUCUGUCCUUAAAAAGUACAGUUACUUGCCCGGCUGGUGUGGCUCAGUGGAUUGAGGGUCGUCCAUGCCCUGAGAGGUCCCGGUUCGAUUCCCGGUCAGGGCACAGCCCUGGUUGCAGGC